AUGUCACCGAUCCGCGUGACUCCUAUCAACUCAUUUUCCACCGUCAGAUUGCACACACAACCGCCGUCCCUGACCGUCGAAUCGCACUCCGGAGGUCAUCCACCUUCUUUAGAAAACGCACCUUUUAAAUUCUUGCUCUCUUUCAUUUCCUUCUCUGCAUCUCACUCUCUCCCAGACUCAAGUCUUCGUUUACAGAGAGAGCUUUCAUGGCCACCACUGAGUCCUCCAACGACGCACCGGCACCGGCAAAUCCAGCUCCUUCUGGCGCAGCACCUCGAGAAGAUGAAGCAGAGCGGCGAGCUCGCUUUUGUGAAGAACAACUACAUGAAGCCUGACCCCAACGUGCCGCCCAAGCGCGGCCGUGGCCGUCCUCCCAAGCCGAAGGUCCCGGGGGCUGAAGGAGCUGCUGCCGUGGUUUCCUCACCUCCGAGGCCACGUGGCAGGCCUCCCAAGGCUAAGGAUCCGUUUUUCCUGAUUCCGACUGUCCAGACCUCGACCUCAGGAGGAGGGUCACGCAGGCCACGUGGUCGUCCUCAGAAGAAGGCCAAGACUGCUCCAGCUAACGCUCCUGCUGCUCCGGCGAGUGGUGGCGGUAGUGGUGCUCCUAGAGGGAGAGGCAGGCCAUCGAAAGUGAAGCCCUCUGUGGCUCCGGUGGGUUGCUGA